GGCCUUUGCUGCUGAUAUGGACUCAGGAGCAUGAGGCCCAUGUAUGGAUUAGGCUAAAACUAUUAGACUAAACUGGGUUUAGGUGCUGGGAAGGAUUAUUAAACACUGUUCAUCUAUGAUUCAUAGGACUGAAAUGAUGUCUUUAGUAGUUAGAGGAACUAUUUUAGGGAGCAAUUGUUGAAUUUUUAUUAUAUUCCUGUUUUGCUGUGUUGUGGCUCUGUGUUUUUGAGACCACUUUUUUUGUCAUUCCCUGUAUUUAGGAUUUUCAGAGAGCAGGUCGUAUCAGAUCUUGGGUAGAAACACUUUCACAAGGCUGUAUUUGUGAUUCGUUGCAUUCUCUGUGAGCUAAGAGGCUUGCAGUGGAAUUCAGCCAUGAGGAUUAAACACUGUGUUGCUUUCAACACAAGCCGCUUUUUGAAGUGGAUUACUGUAUUCCUUGACCCACGUUGUUGUGGCCGGGGUUACGUUAAAUUAUUUCCCACCAUGCUCAAGAGAACAGUUUGACAUUUUUGUCCAUUCUCCUCUCACAGUGGAUGUUUUCCUGUUGAUUCUCAGUGUUAAUGGAAAGUCCAUUCAAAAAGAAACAAUGCACAGCACCAUGACAUUUUACUAAUCCUUGUUUUUUUAAUUGUGCUUUUCACAAACGUAGCACGGAGCUUGUGUUUUGUUUCAUAGCGGAGCUUAAUGAAUCGCUGGCAUGGUUUCAGGGUUUUAUUAGCAGGUUUAAAAAUAAUCACAAUUCUGAUUUUCUUCUUGGUCCUUGAGCCAAAACAAGGAAACCCAAGAGAAAUAUUGAUUUUCAUCACUGUCUUCUGGGGAUUUUUCAUAUCAAAGUUUCUGAGAUUUUUUAAUCCGCACAAAGUAAUUUUUGAAGUUGCAAUUUAAGUAAUAUGAGUCUAGCUCAAGAGGUUGUAUACCCGGUGUAUAAUCUGAUAGAAAGCAGAGUCGUAUGACAGAGGUAACUAUGUUCCUAAGCUGCACGGCAGGUUUAAGAUACAUUUUCCUGGAAAUACAUUCCUAAAAUAGUUUUAUGAACCUUUACGUAAACAAAUUACAGUAAACUUUAGUAGAUGUACAAAAUAACUUGUGCAUCAGGAGACAAUUGAGAAAAAGAAAAACACGUGGGUUUUAAGUGGAAUGUCAUUUUGUCACCAAAACCCCUGGAAUGUGUUUCUUGCUUUUCUCUUCGCCUCACGUUGAUGCUUCUGGUGCUGUCUGUUUACAUCCUCAGCUGAUGUCAUGAGGAAGACAAGAGAAAAUUCAAAUGAGAUGAGGAGCCAGUGAUUUGCUGGGGGCCUUGGUGGGGGGGGUCACAGCGAUGCUCACAAGCUAUGUCGACAGACCUGUUACACUUCACAAACCUUUCACGCACUCACACUCUCUCCUUCGGUCUCAUGCACCGGUAUCAGCUACCUGAUGUCUGUGUACAGCAACUGUUACUGUAGUCAUGCUCAAUUUGAACUAAGGUGUUGAUUAUCAGUUUAGGAAUGGUGCAAUAGGUAGCCGGCAUCUGCAUAUAAGGCAUGAUAUGGUUCAGCAGGCCACAUCAUCAGCUGUCAUGCCACAAGUAUGUGAUAGUUGAUAUGAAGUAAACCUGUUGGAAUGUGAGCUUGGUCGCAUAGUUUGAAUCCCAAGGGGGGAAAAAUCCUCCUCCGUUUGAUCCGUUUGAUUAGGUUACUCCUGGACUCACAGAGGUGAUGACGCGUCUCAUCUUUUCAACAAAGAAUCCUUGAUUAAUUAGCUCAGGUAGAGUAGCUUUCAGUUGGUCAGUGAAGUGACAGAUGUACGCGUGAGUGGACACAGAAGCAAGUCAGCUCUGGUUCCUGAGGCCGGAAGCUUCAUCGUCCGUUAGUCUUGAACCACUUUGGAAGAAGGAAUGUUACUGUUUCAGUGUAAAGGUAAUAGAUUCCUGUUUGAACUGGAGAGGAAGUUGUCGACCAUCAGGCGUGCAGGCAGGCGGGCGGGCAGGGCGUGUCACCACAGAGGUGCGAGGGAGGGGACAGGUGUGAAUUAUGUGUUGAUGUUCAGGGAGUCGUCACUCCCUCCUGCAUUCCAGCUCCAGCUCAGAAACACAGCACACAGCCCCGAGCCCCAGCAAACUCUCAACGUCCCUCCCUGCCACCGCACACAGAGACUGGAGCCGGGGACACAUUUUGCAUCACACUCACAUGGUCUCGAGAAAAGACUGGAUGAAGCUCUAGGUUUGCCGGACCGUAAUUUCUGGAUUUCCUUUAGCACGGUGGAUAUGGGAGGCAGAGAGGAGGUAGUGGUGACCAGACUCAGGUCCAGCAUGCCGUUUCCACACACCAGGCUCAACCGUUUCAGGCUUCGUCCUGCCCAGAGCCCACUGGGGAGCAAGCGCGUGAAGCCGUCGUCCUCCAAGAAAAAAGCCAGAGACCCCAGCCCCACCGAGAUGAGUGUGGAGCCCUGGGCCAGCCCGCAGGACCAGGCAGCCGCUGAGCAUCCACACAGCACGCUACCCGCCCAGGACCAGGAGCAGCACCCCGACAAACUCUGCCUGGACUCCUUCUGGAGCGAGGUGGAGACCAUCCGACAGGGGAGUGGCUACACGGACCUGGACUGCAGCAGGAGAGACUCCAGACAGUCAGAAGAAGGUGAGCAGGAGGAGCAGUGGUUGGCUGACGCUGGUUUGUCCAACCUCAUCGGCGAGGACACCGGAGAUGUCGACAAUGUGGUGUUGCUGUCCACUCUGACCCGCACGCAGGCCGAGGCCGUCCAGCGCCGACUGGACUCCUACACGCUGUCCCUCCGCAAGAGGAACAAAUCGACGCCUCGCGACGUUCGCGACAUCUUCAACUCUCAGACUCUUCUGCCUGACUCUCAGCACGGGGAAGACCCGGCCCAAGACAGCAUGGCUUCUGUUGCCAAGACACCACUUUCAGCUCUGACACCAGAGCACCGGCGAGGUAUCCCUAAAGAGGAAUUCUUCAUCACCGACGUGGCUUACUGCGAACAGGCCGUCAUCUUCCUCAAACAGGCCAAACUGCCGCACAACAACAGCCAACGCAGGAAGGAGGACGGGACCCUGCCUCGGGUGAUCUGCCCCAAGUGCCGCCUCGGAGUGACUCGGAUCCAAGAUCUCUCCCACGCCGACAUGAAGAAGGUGCGUCAGCUGGCUCUCAUCGACAUGACGGCGCUGUGCGACCUCCUAGAGCUCGAGGUCAAAAGGCACAAGUCGGGCAAGAGGAAAAUCCCAGAGAGCUCUCUCUUCGGGGUGCAGUUGGCCACGCUGCUGGACAGCGAUCAGAAAGUGAAGCCCAACACCUCGACGCCUCUCUUCCUGCAGGCGAUGUUGUCGUUUCUGGAGAAGAAAGGAGUCGACUCGGAGGGGAUCCUGCGGGUUCCAGGGUCUCAGUCCAGAAUCAAGCUGCUGCAGCAGAACUUGGAGGCCAACUUCUACUCAGGUCAGGUGAGCUGGGACGAAGUGAGUCCAAACGACGCCGCCGCGCUCCUGAAGAAGUUCAUCCGGGAGCUGCCCGCUCCUCUGCUCACCGCCGAGUACCUCAACACCUUCAGCGGCGUCAGAGACAUCACAGAGCUGAAGCAGAAACUCCACAUGUUGAACUUGCUCAUCCUGCUGCUGCCUGAGCCCAACAGGAACACACUGAAGGCUCUCCUUGAGUUCCUCAGUAAGGUGGUUUCCAGGGAGAAGAGGAACAGGAUGAACCUGUGGGCCGUGGCGACCAUCAUGGCUCCCAACCUCUUCCUCCAUAAGGCCAUCCCCAGCAGACUGACGGAGGGGACAGAGAAGGGACAUGCGGAGAAAGCAGCUGAUGUCAUGAGGCUCCUCAUCCGCUACCAGGACCUGCUCUGGACGAUCCCCAACUUCCUCAUGAGCCAGGUGCGUAAGCUAAACGAGAACAGUAACAGACGUUACCAGUUUUACGACCGUCGCAUCAAGAACCUGCUGAGGAAGAUCCACACAGACAGCCGGGAAAAACCUGAUAAAAACACCUCAGAGCAGAGCCGUACGGUGAAGAUCCAGGUCGGGGAUCUGGUGAGCGGCACCAUGGAGUUUCAGCUCAACAUCAACUCACGAACCUCAGACCUGCUCGCCCAGUUUCAGCGCCAGUUUCACCGCCAGUUCCUCCGCAGCCCCGAAAAUGGAAAAGGCAAAAUGCGAAGAAACGGCUCGGUGGCGUAUCCGGACUGCGCCGUGUACGAAGUGGGCGGGAACAUCGGUGAACACUGUCUGGAUGCCGACACACACCUUCAGGAUCUGUACAACCAUAACCCAGGAGGGGAGUGGGUCAUCAAGCUGAGACCCAACGCCAGCCGAGGGCUGUGACACGGAGGCCGUGGACAGACUGAAGGAUUCUGGGAACAGGUCUCUGAAGAUGACAAUAGCAAAGCGUGAGAAAAGAUCAAAUCCACGCCGCCUCCUGUUCAACCUCUGAGCAACACAGGAGAGAGAGAGAGAGACAGAUGGAGGGAGAGGAAACAGAAAAAGGGAGACUCUGCCGGGAGCAGAGCCUAAAAGCUGUCUACGAUCAGAUGGACACACACACACUGCGCAUUUUCGUCUUUCCCUCCAUCUUCUUCUCCCUCCUCUCCAUCAUUUCUCUCCGGGGCCGCGGUGCCGAGAGCGAAAAGAGCUGCUGACGUGACUCAUUACUUCCGACAGAGAACCUGCUGCAUAGAAAAGCGAGGGGAGAGCGGCCGGGCAGUUUUGUUCACCAUCUUUCCUCCCGAACCGUCGUGUUCAACCAUUAGAGAGCAGAUGGGGCUGCAGAGCACCUCUGGCUACAGAGAGCCGAGUCCCUCCCCUUCUCUCAGGCCAGUCACACUGCGUGUUUUUCAUUCGUGAGCCUUAAAAAAAAAAAAAAGAGGAAACAUGAUUCCUUUGUUUUCUGUCCAUUUUCUACGAUAAAUCAAAUUGCUGCACUUUUUGUUGUUUUAUAGAACAGAAAACCACAUUAUUCAAAGUGUGACGUCUGUAUUGACUUUAAAGCAGAAGCUGACAACACAAGAUCAGAACACACACCCAGAGAGAGAGAGAGAGCUGAGAUCUGGCCUUUGUGUCAUUUUCACUUUAGAUAUAUGACAACACACGAGUGUAUAAUGGUUUCAGCUGUUACUUAAGCAUUGUCUCCUGCACAUGCACUUAUUAUACAAAGCUGAUUAGAAACUCGCUCACACAUACACAUGACGUUCUCUAAAAUCAACCAAACCAUGCCCCUCCACAAAAGUUGAAACCCCGGACCAAACUAUUUUUUUAAGUCCAUCAUUAACAAUUAUAGAGGAAGCAAAUAAUAAAAAAGAAUACAAAUUGAGCUUUAGUGAGGUCAAGGUCAACAUGACAUCAUCCACACACUUUUCCCCAAAAUUUUUCAGACAUAAAUCAUAUUAAUGCAACGUGGUAUCUCGCUAUAAUCUUUCACUGGCCAUCCACACCCCCUCAGUUUGAGAACCACUGUCUAGUGUUGAUUAAAAAAAAUCAGUUUACCUGUUUAUAUGUGACAGAAAUCAGCUUAUCUGACUGAAAACACACUGACGAUGAACAGAUGCUCAUUUAGCUCAGAAUAUGGACAGAAAACCCUUUUCUCUAUUUAAGAAACACUAAUAGUAAUAAUAGAAAUUGCCACCAGAUAAGAUUGAUUGAAAAGCUCGAGGAACAGAAGCCAAACUGGAAAUGAUGCUGGGACUUCAUCUCUUUGUAAACACACGGUUACAGGCCAAUCAAUCGACUAAUAAACCGCUUGAUCUUUAUUACUCUCCCUCUCUCUCUCUCUCUCUCUCUCUCUCUCUCUCUCUCUCUCUCUCUCUCUCUCCCUCUCUCCUGCCGUCACUCCUUUCUUCCGUCUGUGCCAUUCAAAGCGGGAGAGAGACACCCCGGUGAACUGAUACCCCACCCCCCUUUUAUCUGUGAAAACCCUGAAAUCUCCUGGGCCUUAUAAAAAUCCACGGACUUCCAAGGACCCUUGACCUGCACAGAUCUGAGCUCAAAGAGACGAUCUUUCUUUUUUCAUUUUUUUGAUACCAGGGGGAUUUGGUGUCACAACCUCAAGGACAGCAAUUGCACGUCUUUUAAAAAAAAAGGGAGUUGUUAAGGACUCGCAGUGAAGCUGGUCUUCAGUUAAACUCAUGAAUGGAGCCGAAAGUGCUGAAGUGACUCCUGGGGUGAACUGGGAUUAUUGUUAUUGUUAUUUAUAUGAAUGUAAAACCGUCGUUGCUUCCGUAUCUGAUGAGUAUUCUGUAGACUAGACAGAUUUUAGGAUAACGCUGCACUCAGUGUUGUGUUAAGUCGCCCAUACUCAGUGUGGGAAUUUGCAGUGUUGUUGUACAUAUUUUUUUUUAUGGACCUCUUCAUAUCUGUUUCUCCUGAACAGAACAGGGAGAUGAAUUUCUUUGUGUAAAUAUUUCUCAGUCCUGCUGGACGGUUUGAUGUGAUCGCGUAGCUUCUCGAAGCCAUUAAGUUAUUCCACAUACACACACACAAAGCAGCAAAUGAAUGUGUUUAACAUUUUGUACCCGACGUCACACGCCAAUCGUUCGCUCCUCGCAACCGGAGCCAUGUUGGUGCCGCGCGGCCAUUUUGUGGAAGCGUCUCGCACACUGCACUCGAUAGACAGAGUAAUGACAGCCAGCCCCGGCACCGACAUCCAUCAACACCCCUCCGCUCCAUCUCUGUCACCUCCCUAAUAAUGGACCAUAAUGGCAGCACGGCGCCUGCAUCAGAAAGGCGGCAGAGGAAUCACAUUUCUUUGAUAAAGGAGGGGGUUAAUAAAUGGCUGUUAUAAAUUCUGAUGGCCUGGACCUGGCGACAGCAGCAGGAGCGUGUGCGUAUGUGUUGUGUGUGUGUUUAUGUGCAUACAUGUGUGUGACGAGCUUCAUUACACAAGUCCAAUUGGCCCAUCCCGGGGUCCCGGGCACAGUUCAGUGCCUCGGCACAAAGCGAGCUGAUGAAACUGCCUUCUGCUGACAAUCAGGAGAACUAGGUCACCUCUGAAGCAGCUUCCCAGAGGGCGAGCGGAGUGUGGGUCCACACACCCCCGAGCAGCGGAGCACAUGGACGCAUAUUGUCCAAACACACAUGACACACACACACGCGGACAAACCAAAAUAAGGGGGCAAAAGUUCACACACACAACACCGGUUUCCUGUUGACUCUGUCUGUGUUUGUAAAUAUGUGAAUGUUUGUGUGUGUGUGAGAGAAGGAGAAGUUUAGCUGUAGAUCUCUGAAACUGUUAAAGAUCACUCAACACUAACUGAUGGACAGUGAUGUGGACACUUAUCAUCAAAAAGUGUCUGUGCUUUUACUGUGGUCGAAGAUUUUAGUCUUCAGACAUCAGAAUGUAUAUUUAUGCCCUUUACACCUGUCAUUGUUUUUUAAUACACAUGUGAAAACACUUUGCUGUAGAAAGAAAACAACUUUUGAAAAAUGUUCCUUUUUCUAUGUGAAUAAAUGUGAAUCUAA